AUGACGAUAAUUGUUUUUCUGAUCGACAAUAGCGCGUCUAUGAACCAGCGCACAAUUCAAGGGACUACGUUGCUCGAUGUCGCGAAAUCUGCAACCGAGUUAUUUUUCAAGAUCCGUUUAAACAAGUCCAGGGUUGAUCGCUAUUUUAUAUUGACUCUUGACGAUGACUGUCAAUACGUUAAACUAGCAGGCUGGAGACAAAAUGUGGACCUUCAGUGUAUUCACGCUGCGCUCAAUACUAUUAAGGCUGACGGACAGACGCCACUUAGCGUGGGUUUGCAGCGGACGUUUCGUAUGCUUAACUUGAACCGGCUUCAACUUGGCCUGGAGAAUUACGGAAUGGGUAUGUUCCCGUCAUAUAUUGAGCCUGCUGUAAUAUUGUGCAUUACUGAUGGAUGUUGCAGUACUAGUCUAGACGAGUCCAUAUUGAAGGAUGUGUCAAUGUCUUCCAUUGAGACAACAAUAUUUGGACAGCCAUUGACCAAUGAUUCAUUUCGCUGGGAUUACCGGCUUUAUUCUGUUAUUUUACGGUAUCCCGGUUUUGUCGAAACUGUGGACACCACUUUCCAAAAGUCGGAUAUGAAUGAAUUGCCCGUGGUUAAAACCUCUGAACUUACCGGUGGAAAGGGCUUUUACGUAUCAGACAAUCGGGAGUUGCAACAGUGUUUAGAGUCCUUAGCUCCGAAAUGCCAGCCUGCGGUCGUAAUUGACUUCACACCCGGUGCUGAUUUUGAGCAGUCGGAAACUUCCACUCAUAACGAAAACACGCACAAACAGCUGGUAUACAUCAAAUUGAUGGGUCGAGUCUGUUCGAACUGGCCAAUUCCGGAAACGUUUUGGCUUGAUGAUGAGCUGAUUUCCUCUCAUUUGCCUGCGCGACCUGCACACCCGAGGAUUUUUGUGUCUACAUCGCAGGUCCAAAUACCUAAUGUGCCUGAAUAUUUCCCUGUCGAUCGAUAUGAACUUGAGCCAUCGCUUUUUACUCAAAUGCUUUGCAUCCGGGAUCCAGCUAAGGUGUGGCAGUGCUUUGGAGCUGAUGGCAAGCAUGCACAGAGUGCCCCGUUCGGAUAUCUCAAGUCAUCACCUGAUCUUCAAACAGUGCACUUGCAUGUACUCCCAUAUGACUAUCCAAAUUUUUGUCAUCUCUUAAAUGAGUUAUACGAAGUACACCACAUGCGAAUGAGUGAAGCAUGGGGGCACAGGUUUGUAGGCUACCUAAGUAGCAUUCCCCGCUACUACUUUAUGCCCCUUACAAAGGCGUUUGAAAGAUUUGGAUUCCAGAGUGUGAUUAAGCCUGAAGCCGUUGAUCGUGUUCGCCCCUACCAAUUGAAUCAAACACUGCAAAAGUUGCGGCACGCUGCUAAAAUAGAAUACGACAAUUUUGUGCGCACCACACAAAAUGGAGAGCACUCCUUCACAAAUAUCAAGCUUCCGGCCUCUCUGCUUCCCUUUCCUCUUUGGUCACUGCGUGAGUUGCGUCCUAGCACAGGACGACGUGUAAUUCAGUCGGCUGCCCACCCGUAUGCUCGCGCAGCUGAUGUGGAAAGAAGCAAGCUGCGGAUUGCUCUGCGAAGGAUGCGACGCAACUUAGACGCCAUACUAGGCGGACGGCAGACUGAUUCCCAUGAUAGCUCGGUCCAUGAACAACCAGUUGCCACUAUGGGUGAUUAUCUUAGUUACAAGGCGGCUCACGAGUUCGAACCGGUUCUCAGGGAAAUAAACCCAUCCCCAGAAAGGCUAGAUACGUUCGGCAAUCCAUUCCGAAAGAAGACGACAGCCAGUUUCAUUGCCGAUGAAGUAUAUGUUGACGAGAUGGGCUUAACUGCUGGUGUUCCCGGGGGCGCUAACGCCACUUUAGUGGUCCCGGGCCGAAAAAGACAGCACACCAAGAGUUCCAACACCGUAGUCCGAAAUAAAGGUCCUCUCCCCGCUUACAUUAACCACCUCAACUGGCGUGAAUUUUCUCCGAAGAACUCUCCGCCCAACUCUCCCAUUCCCAAUCACUCAGAUGACACUAUAACGACGGUUGUGCAAAAACAAGCGCCCGCAUUGCCGACGUUCUCAAAACAAACAGAGAAGGCGAUGUCAAACAAGGAUGCGUUUAUUUCGAAUGAACGAGUUGUUCGAGACCUUACGAGGAUCGUCCGUGAACCUCAUGCAGACGGCUCCGGCAUCUUCGCCCGUCUGAAUGACCUAUCCGGCAGUUUGGCCCAACGCUAUGCAGCAAUUUCAGUGAUCAUGUCAGAGGCAUUGCGAUUCAAGCGUUCUGUGCUGUAUACAAUACUGAAAGAUUGGCGACAAUGGAUACUACGCAGCGAGGCCUAUUUACCUGCUCUUGUAAAUCCUGAUAAUCGUCAAACUCUGUCGGAGCUCGUCGCGCCGCAGAAAAUCGGAUUGGACUUGUCUAUGACGCUCAUUAUUGAAUCAACACAACACCAGUGUGAAAAGUCAGAAGUUCCUGCUUAUGUGGACCGCAUUUGUUCAAUGCCAUCGGUGAAGCUGGCUGCAUCGAACUUUAGGGAACGCGUCCACCAGUUCUCAUCACCCCACAACCUGCUUUACGUGCAUCAAGGUGAGAUGGCAACAGUUCCCUGCGACUUAGAAAGUAAGGGAUUGCCUUCGGUGAUGGCUUCCGAUGACGCAACCUCUUGCUUGAUUCUUGUCUUGCGUUUUCCUCGCUCCUGUACUUUGGUGCAUUUAGAUCACCGCGAUCGUGUCAGCGAUUUCUUCACCCAAAUAGAGCAAUAUUUUAUUCCGAGGGGAACUUGUGUAGUCGACGCACACAUAAUCGGAGGUUUCACAGAUGACGGUCACUUGUCGCGCGGAGUGUUGGAUCUCGUCAUGUCGGAAAUGCUAUGCGGCAAUUCUCUGUACACCUUGAAAACCUUCUGCGUAGCUGACCUAAACACAACAGUGGAGUUGAACUCGCAGGCUUCCUGUCGACACCAAGCCCUGCGCCGUCCCAUAAUAAUGGGUAUGGCCUUCAACUGGCAGACGAACACAGCUAUUGCCGCUACCCUGAGCUGGAGUGCCCGAGGCCCCCUACCCGCGUUGCGACUAGCCCGGCUGCAAACUGGUGAGGUGCGUGUGGUGAACGUCUUCGACCCCAAUUCCUGUGAAUUAAUAAUUAUGCCGUUCGGGUGCGAUUGGCGUUUCAGGGACCCAAAGGUUCUGAAAAGGAGUGACCUGGCGAAGUUGUCUACAACACCGGAACAGGAACCACAAACAUUCUUUGAGGGAUUGUAUUCCGCCUUGAAUUUGCUGUUUCGUUGCCCCAACCUGUUAGACUACUGGUUCGCAGAGGGUGCGCUUCGUUUUGCGUGCUCUGAUAGCCAGUCCCUCGACGAAAAUCCUAAUGCCUCAGCUUCCGAAAUAACAUGGAGGCCUGCAAAUGAGGCAGCCGCCCGCGCAGUGCAGGAUAACCUUGCUAGUAUAUCACAAAUUGUUUGA